AUGCAGUCAAGCACUGUACCUCCGCGUCAUCCCCCGUGUCCGUCUCCGCAGAUCGCGCGUAGUGCUGUUGCUGAACUGUCGGCUGGCGAAAAGCUGGGGCCCGAGGCGCUCGACGCCUCCGCACACGCAACUCAACUGCAGACGAUGACCUCUACGAUGGGAAUAAUGACACUCAGCCGCGGCCCGUGUGACCUCGACAACAUGAGUCUGUUCCAAGACCUCAAACUAAAGAGGCGGAAAGUUGACUCCCGAUGUAGUAGCGAUGGCGAGUCGGCAGCCGAUACCAGCACGUCGUCGCCCGACCCGGGUCCGCCGUCGCCGCGCAUGGCCGAGGCCGGCUGCAGCACGCCGCCGCAUCCGCCGCCCGUGUUCGACGGCGGUGGUUCGCCUUCGCCGUCUCCUGCCGCUUGCCAUCCUACCGUCAUCCGUUCCGCCCCACCUAACUCCGUCAUCAAGUUCGAAGGUGCACCCGCGCCCAUUAAAAUUGAAACGUCUACUGCGAAGCACGACUCUUCACCAUCCUUCCAAUAUUCAUCUGUAAAAUUAGAAGGGCCACCCCCGGACCUCCCGCAACCCUACCGACCCCGUGCCCUCGCGCCACCACCUCCAAGUCCACAUGCUUCUUUAUCGCCAAAUCAUUGGCCUACGGCUGCCUGUAUUAACGGAGUUAAGCCUGAACUUAUCGGCGGUCAUUUCCCACCCCAACCCUUAGAACCCAAAGGCGCCAGGAGUUCAACACAAUGGAGAGGAGCCCCCGCUGUCAUUAUGGGCGAAUCGGGUGGAGUACGGACUAUGUUUUGGACCCUGCCUGCUCCUACCUCUGGUGGAGAACCGUCCCCUGGAGCUUCACAUACCCCAACGCCACCCGCGUCUGAUCCUAACACCUGUAGUGAAGAGUCUGCAGCUCGUUUACUGCUAAAUCUGGGAGGUGAAUUGAGGCGAACGCAAGGACCAAGACUGAAUAUGGAGCUAUUAUGGGCUGGUGACGUUUCUCAGCUUCCAGCUCACCAACAAAUACACGCCCUUAACCUGAGUGCCGCAGCAGGUGGAGUUUCGGGUAUUUCAAAUGUACCCAGCUCGAGCCCUUUAGCGUCACGUCCUGAACUAAGGACAUACGCACCUGAGGCAGAACGUGAUGAUGACGAGCAACCGAUGAUUUGUAUGAUCUGUGAAGACAAAGCGACAGGUCUUCACUACGGUAUUAUUACUUGUGAAGGUUGCAAGGGUUUCUUCAAAAGAACUGUACAGAAUCGGCGAGUGUACACGUGUGUAGCUGACGGUGGCUGUGAAAUAACAAAAGCGCAAAGAAAUAGAUGUCAAUAUUGUCGAUUUAAGAAAUGUAUAGAACAAGGAAUGGUUUUACAAGCCGUUCGAGAAGACCGCAUGCCCGGUGGCCGGAAUAGCGGUGCAGUGUACAACUUAUAUAAAGUCAAAUACAAGAAGAGUAAGAAGCCUAAAACCUCAACAGCGACUAGUAGGCCUUCGCCUCCAGAAAAGCCCAAGGAUCCUUUACCGCCCCUCCCACCGAACCUCGUUAACGGGACCAUACUUAAGACUGCUUUAACAAACCCCAGCGAGGUUGUCCAUUUGAGAGCAAGACUGGAGAGUGCUGUGUCGUCUUCGAGGGAUAGAGCGAUACCUCUAGACAGAGCAUUGCACAUGAUCAGAGCGUUGAUCGACUGCGACGCCAUGGAAGACAUCGCGACUGUCCGCCAUUUACCUGAUCUCCUCCAUGACACGUCGGAAAUAGGUGAUAAGCUAUGUAAGAUCGGAGACUCCAUUGUCCACAAGAUGGUGGCGUGGACGAAGAAGUUACCGUUCAUAAUGGAAAUUCCUAUGGAAAUACAUUCGAAACUGCUGAUGGAAAAGUGGCACGAGAUCUCAGUACUGACGACAGCGGCAUAUCAAGCGAUGCACGGGAAAUUGGCGCAUGCGCCGCCAUCUUCCGACCACGAGCAUGAUUUUAUGCAGGAGGUCAACGCGAAUUUGAGGACGUUACAAAAUUGCCUAACAUCGCUAAUGGGACGACCUAUAACCCUAGAACAGCUACGACUUGACGUCGGCUUGGUGGUUGAAAAGAUGACCCAGAUCACCUGCGUCUUUAGGCGCAUUCAGCUUCGAAUGGAGGAGUAUGUCUGCUUAAAGGUCUACAUAUUAUUAAAUCAAGAAGUGGAACUAGAGGGUAUUCAAGAUCGUUACGUGCAAGUGCUACGGAGUUACUUGGAACAUGCCGCACCACACCACCCGGGGAGACUACAAGAGCUGUUUGCCCGGAUACCAGAGAUCCAGGCGGCAGCCAACUUGUUACUAGAAAGCAAAAUGUUCUACGUGCCGUUCGUGCUGAAUUCAGCUGAAAUCAGAUAG